AUGUAUCUAAAGAUAUACACCACUCUUACCUUUAUUGUGCUUGCUUUAAUCGGUCAUACAAUUGCUGGCGAUCCUUAUGCUCUUCAAAAUAUGACUUAUUCAACUGAUUCAGGUUAUUACAAUAAUAUACCGGUCAAGAUUUAUGGUUUUGACGCAUAUAAAACAACGACAGCGUUAGCAAUUUCGCGUGUCAAUCCUAUUUAUGUGUUUCUUCAAAAUCCUAACGGUAAUAUAGAUAAUGCUAUGCAACCAAGCAUUGUCGAUUUGAUUCCUGGAGAUGAUGGAUACUCUGAUCUAAAAAGAAUAAACAUAGUUACUGGGUCAACGAAUAGUUCUGGUGAUAUCACUUCAUAUGAUGAUUUGACAAAACUUGGUAACAGUGUAGAAAUUGUCCAGACUGAUACGUAUUACAAUUUACCAGUUGUUGGUUUUUCUGCGACAUUGGAGACUCCUUCUGAUGGUCCAGAAAUGUUUGGUUACUAUAAAGGUGUUAGGGUUCGUUUUUUUAAUUUCGGUAUUAAUCCGGCAGGGAAUGCUACCGCACCCAUAUAUCAUGUGACUUCAAGCAAUGGUACUAUAAUUGCAGCUCUUCCUGGUACAAUACCAGGAUUUAGGAACUAUAGUGGAAUUUGGAACAUAUAUACUAUCUCCGCUAAUGAUACUGGGGUUCCAAUAACUUCUUUAAGUCAAGUCUCGAAUCUUGAACAAGUUUUUUCUGGUACUGUUUCAAAUUGUCCAGUUUCUGUAGCAUCACUUCCCAGAUCUAGCACUAGUAAUUCUAGAAAUUCUAGAAAUUCUGCAAAAAGUUCUCGAAAAUGA